AUGACGGAGUACGCAUUAGAGUUUGACCGACUUUCCAAGUUUGCAGCAAACUUAGUACCAACCAAUGCAACCAGAGUAGAUCAGUUUAUUCGAGGCUUAAAGCCUAUGAUAGCCAGAGACGUGAAAAUUGUGUCAGUAGGGGGAAACAGUACAUAUGCUCAGGUUCUGGAAAGGGUCCUCACAGCUGAAAUAUGGGAAGACAGAAUCUGGAAGGAAGGUGCUUCUAAGACUGAGUACCUGGAGUGCAAGAAGUGUAAGAAGUGCCACCAGGGUGAAUGUCGUGAAAACGCAAGUUACAGUUAUGGUAAGGAAGAACAUAUUAAGAGGAACUUCCUACAGAAGAGUCAGGAAGGAUUCAAAGAAAAACAUAGGAAGGACGAUAAUUUGGUUCCAGCACGUGUGUUUACUCUCACCAAACCUAAGGCAGAAGCAAGCACUACCGUGGUCUCAGGUCAGAUUUUUAUCUCUGGAAUUGAUUGUCAUGUUUUAAUUGAUUCUGGAGCCACUCAUUCAUUUGCUGCUAAGAGAAUGGUGGAUAGAUUUAAUAGAACUUAUGAGAUGCAUGCUAAGGGGUUUGGGACCAUGUUACCAAUCGGGGAAGUGGUGAUAUCUAGGAAGUGGUUUAGAGCCUUGUCUUUGAGAGUAGAUUGUAGGGAGCUAUUUGUAGACUUGAUUAAGCUGGAUGUAACUGAUUUUGAUGUAAUCCUUGGAAUGGAUUGGCUGGUGAAGUACGACGCUACCGUUGAUUGA